AUAGGGUCAAGAAAUGCAAUAGAAAAGUAGAUUGUAGCUGCAGUUGCAACACUUGCCCUACAUGCAUCUACAUGUAACUUACAUGCCACACCCAUUAUCUCAACACAGUUCUAAAGGGUUCUCAUUCUCAACAACAAACCCACAAAAUAAUUACCAUGAACAUCCACCUCUCUGUCUCUUCCCACCACCUCAUCCCUCUCGACUUCAAAUCCCUCGUCACCUUACCCAACUCCCACACUUGGGCUCCAUCCUCCUCCGAUCACCACCCGUUCCCCGACUCCGUACCCGUCAUCGACCUAUCCGACCCGAAUGCCACCCCUCUGGUCCGCCUUGCCUCUGAGAAAUGGGGUGUGUUCCAAGUCACCAACCAUGGCGUUCCCAUGAACCUCAUCAAACAAACUCAACUCCAAACCCAUCGACUCUUCGCCCUCCCCAGAGACCAAAAACUCCGGGUCCUCCGCUCGCCCGAUGGCUUCACCGGGUACGGGUCGGCCCGCAUUUCUGACAACUUCCCCAAGCUGAUGUGGUCGGAGGGUUUCUCGAUGAUGGGGUCUCCGCUGGAACAUGCUAGCCAGCUUUGGCCACGUCACCACGCCAACUUCUGUAAUGUAAUGGAGGAGUACCAAAAGGAGAUGAAGGGACUUGCUGCAAAACUGAUAGAGCUCAUGCUUCGAUCAUUGGGCUUGAACAAUGAAGAUGCCAAAUGGCUCAGACAUCCUCGGUCCUUGCUUCAACUCAACUCAUACCCAGUCUGCCCAGACCCAACCCGGGCCAUGGGCCUAGCCCCUCACACAGACUCCUCAUUGCUCACUUUGCUAUACCAGACCACUACAGGCGGCCUGCAAGUCCUUGUGGAUGGGGUUUUGUGGGCGCCGGUGUACCCAACUGCCGGUGCGCUUGUUGUCAACGUCGGGGAUUUAAUGCACAUACUAUCCAACGGACGUUUCAAGAGUGCAGUCCAUCGUGCCAUUGUCAACAAAGUGCACCAUCGCAUCUCGAUCGCAUACUUCUACGGCCCGCCAUGGGAUGUGAAGAUAUCACCGUUGACGAAAUUGAUUGAUCACGAUCAUCCACCUCUCUAUCAUCCAGUAACUUGGAGGGAGUACCUUGGUUACAAGGCAACGCACUUCAACAAGGCGCUUGAACUCAUCCGGAAUGAUGGAGGAGAAAUACAAGCCAACUAGCUAGCAUUCAUCUUUGAUUUCAACUCAUCUUUGGUUUGGCUGAUUGUACAUGUAAUUUGUAAAAUGAAAUGGUUGAUUAGAUAAAAUAAAACAUUCGGCUAUCUUUAAGACUGCCUUCAUUUACGUUUCGUCUAACAAAAUAUCAUUUACAUUAUAAGCCCCUGUGAGUUGAAAGAGAUCCUUUAGAUCAAGUUUGACAUCAAAGUUAGGCUGGUUGGCCUUGGUUUUGGUCCAACAAAAUUCUUCUAUGGGUUAACUGGGGCUGGGUUAAAAUCUAAAACCCUUUUACCAUACGCUAAAAAGAUAACCAGAUAAAGUUGCUGUCUCCUUUGGGAUGUGGUAAUGGAGAAGGUAAACCAUUUUCAAGAUAAAACGAUACAAAUUUGUCACUUCCAGAGCUUGACGCACUUGUCAUGGCUAGCGGAAGCAACCAACCCGGUAGCAUCUGAUACCGCCAAAGAAGAUACUAGCUUGUCAUGAGCAUGCAGAGUCAUUGUCUUGUUCUCGGUCAUGUUCCAAAGCUCCAAAGUCU